AUGGAUUUUUCACCCCUGAAAAUGGAGACGCCCUCGGCCCACUCGAGCCCACACCGCACCCCCAUGAAGCCCUCGCCGAUGUGCUCGCCCCAUGUUGAGCCGCUGGAGCCUUCCUCGUACACCAACGUGGGCUUCAGCCGCGGCGCUGGGGGCUUCUGCGGCACCGGCGCCCGGCCGCUCUACCCGGUCGUCAGGGACGAUCUGGACGCCAACACGGAGAAGUCGUCGCCGAGGUUGCCGUCGUCGUCGCCGCAGACUCCGUCACUCGCCAGCGACCUGUCCCGUGCGUACUCCCCAGUCAUCGCCAACUUCUUGACGGAGGAGGCGGACGGCAGCAGCGCCGGGAACCCGAUAACCGCCACGCGUAGCUCACCCUUCCCGGAUCAGGCCAAGUUUCCCGAUAAUCAGAAGACGCACGGUUACGCCGAUCGAUGCAGGGACGUAACGGAAAUUUCCGAUCACGUUUCGACUGCACCGCGCGAUCACACGGGCGCGGAAAGCGCGCAGCGAUCGCCGAAGAAUCAGUCGGGGGUUUGCGAUGAGGAGGAGGAGGAGGUCGACUGUGACGACAACGUGGUCGAGAUAAAAGACGACGGCGAUGAGAGCGAGUCGGAGAAGGACGACGAGCAAGAGGAGGAAGACGAGGACCAGAUCGAGUGCGCCGAGUGCGGGACGGUGUUCAGCAACCUGCAGCUCUACAUGGACCACACCUGCUACAGGUCGCACGUCACCGCCAAAGGGUUAACGGAGACCGCGAGUCGCCAUCAGCCGAGGCCGCACCAUUUCCUCCACAACGAAAGCCCCAUCAGCGACGCCGAGGUCUUCAAGGGCAAGAUCGUCUACAACCCCAACGGCUCGGCUUACAUCAUAGAAGGCAGCAGUCUGGACAGUGACCUUGACCUACCGUUACUCCCUGACUCCAUCAUCGUCAAGGAAGGACAAUCGGUUUUGUCCGUAGAGCGGUCCAUACCCAAGAUAGCCAACGCCGUGUUUUUCUCUAAACCGGAUGCCGGACACGGCUCCUCCCGCGCCCCUUGUGAUCCUGAGCCGGCCGACAAGCCCAGCCCAGCCAUGCAUAGCUACAACGUGUACGACCUGCGACACUCGGAGAUAGACGAUCUGCUCCAGCGGUUCCCGGCCUGUAAGUCGCAGCGGCACCACGUCAAACCUAUACUCAUGUGUUUCAUUUGUAAACUUUCCUUCGGGAACCCCAAAUCCUUCCUGCGCCACUGCAUGUACGACCACGCGAUGAGUUUACACGAAGAUGAAAAAACCUUGCUGUGUCGGCCGACGGCGUCGGCGCUCAUCCACACCUACGGCAAGGAAAAACAACCGACAAUCUCAGUAUUACAGCCCAUCCCCGGCUUCGACAGCCGGACCUCGGAGCUGCGGAAAGACCCGUUUUUUUCUCCGGCUCCUGAGUCCAUGAAACCAACUAACAAUAACAAUUUCUUGGACUCCAGGAAGUCGAGCAUGGAGGAAAGAAACUCUUGUGCGCCACACGUCAGGGAUUCUAAAACUACGAAGGAAAACAGCCCCGGUGCAGACCUGCAAGACACCGAACAUAAAGAAGACUCAGGUAUAUUUCAGCGGUCUACAGCUCACCUAGGGGCUCACCACUCGCACAAGAUGGACAACUUCUUGACCACAUCUCAGGUAUCCGGCAGUGAUUUCUUACCCAGCAACCAUUUUCUCUACACCUCCCAGGGAUCCGUCAUGGACCAGCCCUCCAUGCGACAGCGGUCAUCGCCCUCGGUACUGCCCUCGCCGCAGGGUAACUCUGGAUCCCCUUCCGGUUCCGACUCGUUUUAUCAAUCAUCGUCAACGCCAUCGACGUCCUUGCCCAAUCUCCUGCUUCCGUCUAGCACUUCCUCUGGCAUGCAUUUCGCCAUGUCCUCGACUUCCAACGCUCUACAGUCGCUGGGUCUAAACAUGCCGAGUUUCUUUGGAUCGUGCGAUGAGCACCCGCAGGGUCGAGCGCAGGGGGUGGAGUGUCCGAAAUGUGAUAUGGUGCUCAGCUCCACCCAGUCGCUUGGUGGACACAUGACCAUGACCCACUCCAGGAACUCUUGCAAAACCUUGAAGUGUCCCAAGUGUAACUGGCAUUACAAGUACCAGGAGACUCUGGAGAUCCACAUGAAGGAAAAGCACCCGGACAGCGACGCCCAGUGUGUCUACUGCCUGACCAACCAGUCCCACCCCCGACUGGCCCGGGGCGAGUCCUACUCCUGCGGGUACAAGCCCUACCGCUGUGAAGUCUGCAACUACUCCACGACAACCAAAGGCAACCUCAGCAUCCACAUGCAGUCGGACAAGCACAUCAACAACAUGCAAGAUCUGGCAAACGGCGGCACGGAAAUGAAAAUGCAGCCGCCCCCUUCCCCCGCGCCGCAGGCGCUACCCCCUACCGCCAGCACCCCCGCCCCGCAUAAUUCGUCGCCCUACCCUCAGGAAGAGUCCCAGUACAAAAAACUCAAACAGAAACAAUCGUUCCGGUGUGACGUGUGCAGCUACGAGACUUCCGUGGCCCGGAAUUUGAGGAUCCACAUGACGAGCGAGAAGCACACCCACAACAUGCUGGUCAUGUCCCAGAGCAUCAGCCACCUCCACCAGGACAUGACCCUGCACCAGAUCAACCAGAUGAACAAACUCCUCGCCCUCAACCAGCAGGAACAGGCCGCCAGGUUUGCCGCCCUGAGCCCUCACCUGCCCGGCAACAUGUUCUCGUACGAGCAAACCGCCAUGCUCAUGUCCGCCUCGGCUAACCCCGCCCCCUCAGGUAACUAUGAAAUUCCGAUGAACUUAACAAAAGAAAACGGAAUCGAUGACAGCUUAGGGCACAUAUCCAACAAAGACGCAACGAAAAUGUUCCAGUGUUGCAUCUGCAACAAAUACGGGUCCGACAGCGUGGAGAACGUCCACAACCACAUCCAGUACGACAGGACCAAAGCGGUCCCGGCAGACGCCCACGUCACCUUCAGCAACGGCGCCUACCACUGCAACCUGUGCACCUACAAGACGCACCUGAAGGCCAACUUUCAGCUCCAUUGCAAGACGGACAAGCACCUGCAGAAGCUGCAGCUGGUCAACCACAUCCAGGAGGGCGGGGCCGAGAACGAGUGGCGGCUGACGGUCUCCGGCUCGCCCAUGCAGAUCUCAUGCAACGCCUGCAGCUUCUUCGCCAACUCCACCCACAAGAUGCAGCUGCACCUCAGCACCCUACAGCACGAGUCCUGCGCGCAGCUGUUCCGCCACCUCCAGCUCCUGGACCACGCCACCCCGGCCUCACCCCCGGGGAAACUCCGCUACUACCACUGCACCCUAUGCGCGGCCAACGUCCACACGAAACAGCGUCUCAUCCUGCACUCGCGCUCCCCCCAUCACGUGAGGAAAGAGCAGGCCCUACCCCAGGGGCGUCUGUCCAUCUUCGACGUGUUCCUGAUCAAAGAGAUCUCGGAAGGAGCCACUGUGGAAUUUGAAGAUGCCGGUUAG